AUGGGAGUUGAGCGUAAAGUGCUUCUUGAAGGCAACGGUGUGAAACCGAAGAAGGGUGACGAAGUGACGGUGCACUGUACUGGUUACAUCGCCGAGGGCAGGAAAAAGUUCUGGUCAACGCUAGAUGACAAUAAGGAGUUCUCAUUCCGUGUAGGACUUGGACAAGUGAUUCGCGGUUGGGACGAGGGAGUAUUACAGAUGUCAAUUGGCGAGAAGGCAGAGCUGACUCUUUCUGGUGACUACGCGUAUGGAGAACGAGGAUUUCCCGCAUGGGGUAUUAAACCGAACGCCGCUUUAAUUUUUGAAAUUCAUCUUUUAAAGAUCAACUAG